UUGCACCCAGACACCACAGUCAGCACAUAUACUUUGGCAGAAUGAACAGCUCACAUGCACAGUCUCCGUUGGAGGAAAUGGCCAUUGAGGAAUUUGAUGGUGGAACAGUGGUGGCGUGCGUGAUCCUGGGUCUGUCCUUCGUGGUUGGUGCUCCUGGAAACCUGCUUGUGAUCUGGACCAUCCUGAAGCAUGUGAAGAAGCGCUCACACACGGUGGUUCUCAUCUUGCACCUAGCGGCGGCAGAUCUGGUGGUCCUCAUUACGCUCCCUCUCUGGAUCUACUCCCUCGCCCAGUCCUGGGUCUUCGGGGUGAUAUGCUGCAAAGCCAUGGUGUUCGUGAUCAACGCCUGCAUGUACAGCAGUGUUUUCCUCAUCACGCUCAUGAGUGUGGAGCGUUUCGUCGCCGUGCGUUAUCCCUUCGUCUCUGUUGUUUGGAAGAAGAAGCAAGCCUUGAAUAAAGUCCUCCUUGCCCUAUGGUCAGCUGGGUUCCUGUUCAGCAUACCUAUAAUUCCAACUCAAGUUACCGGGGAGGAAGAUGGUAAGACACACUGCCUGUAUCGCGAAUAUACUUCUGACACCCAAGAGUUGGUUUGUUUGUUGCUGGAAACGGUGGUGGGAUACAUGCUGCCCUUCUCCAUUCUUGUGGUCUGUUAUGGGUGCCUGUGCAGUCGUAUAACUCAGAUGAACUUCAGGUCCAAACGCAAGUCCACUGUCUUGAUUGCAAGCAUCGUGGUUGCGUUUGCCAUUUGCUGGACCCCGCAUCAUAUAGGAAACAUCAUCUCCAUGGUUAUUCUGGCCAUUAAUGACUCAAAGAGUAGUACAGCCCUUAAACUGGAAUCUGCGAGACAAACCAUGGCCUUUGUAGCGGGAGCAAUGGUCUUCAUCAGCAGCAGCAUUAACCCUGUCUUGUACAUGUUUGCGGCCCGCUCCUUCAGGGAGUCGCUGCAUGACACCGGCAUCCAGAAACUCUUCCGCCACAUCUCCAGCACCUCGCCGGGUGAGGGGAACAGGGAGAUAUCCUUUGUGUCGAGGAGACAAAGCAAUCAGACGAACAGCUCUGAGCUUGUGACUGAGUCAAAAGGCAACAUUGAUAUGUACUGAAGUUGUGUGUAAAUCAUCAUUUUCCUGAGAAUGAAACUUGUGAGGUGUUUUUGCAUUAAACGAAUCCUCAACAGGUAAAAAACAACAUAUAAACAAUAUGUCUCUGCUGAUCUAUCCAGUGCAUUCACAUUUCUUUCUACUGUUAAUUUAUUUACGAAACUUUAAGUAUUAUGUAUGCUGUAUCCCUUGUGCAAAUAUCUUUUUAUCAUAAAAAGCAAUGCAUUUAUAAAUGAACGAAAAUGAAUUAAAACGUUUUUUUAAAUGAGGUGUUUUCUGUUGUUUCAUUUUGAUUAAAUUGAAAUAAAAUGGUACUUCACUUUGGGAACAAGAUUGGCUAAUGCUCAGGGAUUUUUUAAAGUUAGUAAUCUUGUGGUUGCUGUUGACGCAAAUUCCGAUGUGGUUGCAUGCUGUUACUGCAUGCUGUGGAAAAAAAAUUUUGGUUGUCACUUUCGAGAUAAGUCUAUAGAUUCAUACAGCACUAACUAUCAAUUAGUUUUAUAGACUGUGUCUGUUCUCACAUUUUGGUUUGACACUUUUUAUUUGCUGUGCUCUUCACACUUUACCUGUCUUUAAAAAUAUAAUUAGCUAGUUUUCAAAGUAUUUUUAAUUCAUUUAGCUUUUUUUGUAUUUCAUAUCACACUACUUUCAUGAACGAGUUUCUUUUCUUGUUUGUUUGUUUCCUUUUGCGAAAAAGUUAAAAUUUUGUUCUUGUAUCCCACAAUGCAGUCACUUCCCCUCACUGAAAAGAUUGCUAAAUGAAAAAGUGCAUGUUUCCUUUGUUGACAUGCGAAAAGAGGAAUAGUGACCUAAAGUUGGUCCUCAGCUUACAAAACCCAAAAAUGAACUUUGGACAAAGAAAUACAAUCACUUCUUUGCACUUAUAUUUUCAGCUAUUUAUAAUCACGUUUCUGCUUUACAAAGCAUUUUGGUCUGAUGUCAGAAAUGCAAGGAACACAUGCUGUAUCUUUUAAA